CGUAGCGGAAGUGACGUGAGGCGUAGCGGAAGUCCCUGCAACCGCGGUGUUGUGCUGUGGGGAAGGGAGACGGAUUUGUAAACCCCGGAGCCAGGUUCUACUUACCCGAGGCCGCUGCUGUGCGGAGAUCCCCGGGUGAAGCCACCGUCACCAUGUCUGAUCAGGAGGCAAAACCUUCAACUGAGGAUUUGGGGGAUAAGAAAGAAGGAGAAUACAUUAAACUCAAAGUAAUUGGACAGGAUAGCAGUGAGAUUCACUUCAAAGUGAAAAUGACAACACAUCUCAAGAAACUCAAAGAAUCAUACUGUCAAAGACAGGGAGUUCCAAUGAAUUCACUCAGGUUUCUCUUUGAAGGUCAGAGAAUUGCUGAUAAUCAUACUCCAAAAGAACUGGGAAUGGAGGAAGAAGAUGUGAUUGAAGUUUAUCAGGAACAAACAGGGGGUCAUUCAACGGUUUAGAUAUUCUUUUAUUUUUUUUUCUUUUCCCUCAAUCCUUUUUUAUUUUUAAAAAUAGUUCUUUUGUAAUGUGGUGUUCAAAUGGAAUUGAGAACUGGCACCCAUCUCUUUAAAACAUCUGGUAAUUUGAAUUCUAGUGCUCAUUAUUCAUUAUUGUUUGUUUUCAUUGUGCUGAUUUUUUGGUGAUCAAACCUCAGCUCCCUUCAUAUUGCCCUCUCCUUUUAAAAAAUUACACGUGUAAACAGAGAGGCCACCUUUUUCAGGACUGUGCAUUUUCAGGCUUUUGGUGGUAAAUAAGAUCGACCAAUGUGAGUGUCUAUAUAAUGACUUUCCAGUUGGCCCUGAAGUUCUAGCAUGUGACUGCUUCACUCCUGGACUGUGACUUUCAGUGGGAGAUGGAAGUUUUUCAGAGAACUGAACUGUGGGAAAAUGACCUUUCCUUAACCUGAUGCUACUUUUAAAAUCUGGGGGUCUGGACCAAAAGAGGAGGAAUAUCAGCUUUGGAGUCAAGACGAACAGACAUGGUGAGAGUAACGACUAACUCCAAAGAUGGCUUCACUGAAGAGAAAGCAUUUUAAGAUUAAAAAAAAAAAAAAAAAAAAAAGUCAGAAGAUCCCGGAAAAGUUCUAAUUUUCAUUAGCAGUUAAUAAAGUUAUUCAUGCAGAAGUGUAUACAACCGAACACUGCUCCUUUGAUUUUAUUUGUACUUUUGGCCUGGGAUAUGGGUUUUAAAUGGACAUUGUCUGUACCAGCUUCAUUAAAAUAAACAAUAUUUGUAAAAACCUUA